CUGGAUCACAACUCUCUCUCUCUCUCUCCGCUCUUUCUCUCACACACAGUAACACACACACACUUUCUCUCUCUUCAAUUUCUGAUCCCCUUCUCUGAGAACCCCACUUGUCCAGAUUCAGGAUUGGGGGUUAGGGGAAAACCGACGGCUCGAUGGCGACGAGGAAUUUGGAGAAGAUGGCAUCAAUUGAUGCGCAGUUGAGGCUAUUGGUACCUGGGAAAGUGUCCGAGGACGACAAGCUUAUCGAGUACGAUGCUUUGCUUUUGGAUCGAUUUCUCGAUAUUCUUCAGGAUUUGCACGGAGAGGAUCUCAGGGAAACGGUGCAAGAAUGCUAUGAGCUUUCUGCAGAGUACGAAAGCAAGCGCGAUGCUAAAAAGUUGGAAGAGCUUGGAAAUGUCCUGACAAGUUUGGACCCCGGGGAUUCGAUUGUUGUUGCAAAAGCUUUCUCUCACAUGCUUAACUUGGCCAACUUGGCCGAGGAGGUUCAGAUUGCUACUCGCCGCCGAAACAAGAAGAAGAAAGGAGAUAUUACCGACGAGAGCAAUGCGACUACUGAAUCCGACAUAGAAGAGACACUCAAGAGACUUGUGGUUGACUUGAAGAAGUCUCCUCAAGAAGUUUUUGAUGCACUGAGGAAUCAGACCGUAGAUCUGGUUUUUACGGCUCAUCCGACACAGUCUGUAAGAAGAUCGUUGCUACAGAAGCAUGGAAGGAUUCGGAAUAACUUGGCACAGUUAUAUGCUAAAGACAUUACACCUGAUGAUAAACAGGAGCUUGACGAGGCUUUGCAGAGGGAGAUUCAAGCUGCUUUUCGAACUGACGAAAUCCGAAGGACUCAACCUGCACCCCAAGAUGAAAUGAGGGCAGGGAUGAGUUACUUCCAUGAAACAAUCUGGAAAGGUGUGCCCAAGUUUCUUCGCCGUGUUGACACUGCACUCAAGAAUAUUGGGAUUAAUGAACGUAUGCCGUAUAAUGCCCCUCUCAUUCAAUUCUCUUCUUGGAUGGGUGGAGACCGUGACGGCAAUCCAAGGGUAACUCCUGAGGUCACUAGGGAUGUUUGCUUAUUGGCCAGAAUGAUGGCUGCUAACUUGUACUAUUCCCAAAUUGAGGAUCUCAUGUUUGAGUUGUCCAUGUGGCGUUGCACCGAUGAGUUUCGUGUUCGGUCUGAUGAACUUCAUAGGUCUUCAAGGAGGGAUGCAAAGCAUUUCAUUGAAUUUUGGAAAACAAUUCCACCAAGUGAGCCUUACCGAGUAAUUCUCGGCGAUGUCAGAGACAAGCUGUACCAGACACGUGAGCGUGCUCGCCAUCUGCUAGCUCAAGGAGUUUCCGACAUCCCACAAGAAGCCACUUACACAAGCGUUGAACAGUUCCUCGAACCACUCGAGCUCUGUUACCGCUCCCUCUGUGCUUGCGGCGAUGGCCCGAUCGCUGACGGCAGCCUCCUGGACUUCCUCCGGCAAGUCUCCACCUUCGGCCUCUCCCUCGUCCGCCUCGACAUCCGCCAAGAAUCCGACCGCCACACCGACGUACUCGACGCCAUCACCAACCACCUUGACAUCGGCUCCUACCGCGAAUGGUCCGAAGAAAAGAGGCAAGAAUGGCUCCUCUCCGAGCUCGGAGGCAAGCGCCCCCUCUUCGGCCCCGACCUCCCCAAAACCGAAGAAAUCUCCGACGUCCUCGACACCUUCCAUGUCAUCGCCGAGCUCCCCUCCGACUGCUUCGGCGCUUACAUCAUCUCCAUGGCCACCUCCCCCUCCGACGUCCUAGCUGUCGAGCUCCUCCAGCGCGAGUGCCACGUCAGCACACCUCUAAGGGUGGUCCCGCUCUUCGAGAAACUUGCCGAUCUCGAGGCGGCCCCCGCUGCCGUCGCCCGCCUCUUCUCCAUCGAUUGGUACAAAAAUCGAAUCAACGGGAAACAAGAGGUCAUGAUCGGCUACUCCGACUCUGGCAAGGAUGCCGGCCGUUUAUCGGCGGCAUGGCAGCUGUACAAGUCUCAAGAAGAGCUCAUCCAGGUGGCGAAGGAGUAUGGUGUGAAGCUUACGAUGUUCCACGGUAGAGGUGGGACCGUGGGGCGAGGUGGUGGGCCGACCCAUUUGGCUAUUUUGUCUCAACCCCCCGACACUAUACACGGGUCACUUAGAGUGACGGUUCAAGGGGAAGUCAUUGAGCAGUCGUUUGGUGAGGAACACCUUUGCUUUAGGACACUCCAGCGUUUUACCGCUGCUACGCUGGAGCACGGUAUGCACCCGCCCGUUUCACCAAAGCCUGAGUGGCGGGCCCUACUCGACGAGAUUGCUGUUGUUGCUACCGAGGAGUACCGUUCAAUUGUCUUCCAGGAGCCUCGUUUUGUCGAGUAUUUCCGCCUCGCCACGCCGGAGUUAGAGUACGGUAGAAUGAAUAUUGGGAGUCGUCCAUCGAAAAGGAAACCGAGUGGUGGGAUUGAAUCGCUGAGAGCGAUCCCGUGGAUCUUUGCAUGGACACAGACGAGGUUCCAUCUACCCGUUUGGCUAGGGUUUGGGGCGGCGUUCAAAUACGCCAUAUCGAAGGAUAUUAGGAACCUUAAAAUGCUGCAAGAGAUGUACAACAAAUGGCCAUUCUUCAGAGUGACUAUUGACUUGAUUGAGAUGGUGUUUGCCAAGGGAGAUCCUGGUAUUGCUGCUCUGUAUGACAAGCUCCUCGUUUCUCAGGACUUGUGGCCGUUCGGUGAAAAGUUGAGGUCCAACUAUGAAGAAACCAAAUCUCUUCUGCUCCAGAUUGCAGGGCACGAGGAUCUUCUAGAAGGCGACCCCUACUUGAAGCAACGUCUGAGACUUCGUGACUCGUACAUUACAACAUUGAACGUAUGCCAGGCUUACACUCUGAAACAUGCCCGUGACCCUAACUACAACGUAAAACUGAGGCCUCGUAUUUCAAAGGAGUACAUCGAAUCGAAACCAGCUGCUGAGCUCGUUAAGUUGAACCCUACAAGCGAGUACGCCCCUGGAUUGGAGGACACACUUAUAUUGACCAUGAAGGGUAUCGCCGCUGGAAUGCAGAACACCGGUUAAAUUACAUCUUCUUUCCCGUUUCGGUUUUUUGUUUUUUAUUUCCUUUUUUAUCCCUUUUAAGUGAGUGAGAAACGACUUCUCCCCGUAGAUUUGUUGUAUUUAGGGGGGACAAAACGAAAGAAAUUCGGGCUGCCCAUAAAUGUGUUUCGACUUUGCUCAACACAUGCGCUUUUUUCUUUUAAUCGAAUGUUAAUGGACUAGUGACAUCUUGAACUCAUGAAAACAAUGGUUCAAUGGUGAAAUUGGUCCUUUUUUAUGGUUCUUUCAUGAAAUAAUACAUCGUUUCUUUAUUA